UGCGCGUGUGGCUUGAGUGGGUGGGGCCUGAGAGAUUCGAAAGGAGCCCCGCCCCCUCGGAGCUGAUUCCCGGGACUAGGUUGCGGGAGAAAGCCUGUUGCGUGGAAGAUAAGGCAGCGCGGGAACUGGAAAUAGGGUGGGCUGGAGCUCAGAUCUAACUGGACUCUCGCUCGUGCUGGCUGGACAUGGAGGAUUUGGAGGAAGAUGUAAGGUUUAUUGUGGAUGAGACCUUGGACUUUGGGGGGCUGUCACCAUCUGACAGCCGUGAGGAGGAAGACAUAACAGUGUUGGUGACUCCAGAGAAACCACUUCGACGGGGCCUCUCCCACCGAAGUGACCCAAAUGCCGUGGCUCCUGCCCCCCAGGGUGUGAGGCUCAGCCUAGGCCCCCUCAGCCCAGAGAAACUGGAGGAGAUCCUCGAUGAGGCCAACCGGCUGGCCGCCCAGCUGGAGCAGUGUGCCCUGCAGGAGCGGGAGAGCGCAAGCGAGGGCCUGGGGCCUGGCCGAGUGAAGCCCAGUCCUCGGCGGGAGACCUUUGUGCUGAAGGACAGUCCUGUCAGAGACCUGCUGCCGACUGUGAACUCUUUGGCUCGGAGUACCCCCUCCCCAAGCAGCCUGACGCCUCGACUCCGGAGCAGUGAUAGGAAGGGGUCAGUCAGGGCUCUCCGGACAACAUCUGGAAAGAGGCCCUCCAACAUGAAGAGGGAGUCACCCACUUGCAAUCUGUUCCCUGCAUCCAAAAGCCCAGCAUCUUCUCUUACCCGAUCGACUCCCCCAGUCCGGGGGAGAGCCGGGCCCAGUGGGAGAGCAGCAGCCAGCCCACCCGCCCCCGUCAGAUCAGUCCUGGCCCCACAGCCUUCUGCCAGCAACUCUCAACGCCUGCCCCGGCCACAGGGAGCAGCUGCUAAAUCUUCCAGUCAACUGCCCAUUCCCUCAGCCAUCCCCAGGCCUGCCAGCCGAAUGCCACUCACCAGCCGGAGUGUGCCACCUGGCAGAGGUGCCCUACCUCCGGAUUCUGUGUCAACUCGAAAAGGGCUUCCAAGACCAAGCGCUGCAGGACACAGAGUGCGGGAAAGUGGACACAAGGUUCCUGUUUCCCAGCGACCAAAUCUUCCUGUCACGGGUGCCACUCGCAGCAAUCUGCAGCCCCCCAGGAAAGUGGCAGUCCCAGGACCUACCAGGUAAAGAGAUCAGGACAGCAAGCAAGACUUCAGUAGCAAACCACUACAGUCAGUACCUGGACUUGCCUCUACCCGGCAGACCCUGACGCCAGCAGAUUCUGGCCCAGGGACAGGAGGAAGAGAUGCCACCAGGGCUGGUCUCCCAGGAGGAGAGACCAUGGGAAAUGGGGUGGAUUAGGGUUGAGCUGGAGAAGUCUUAAACUCUCUGGGUUGAAAGAAGAUUAGGGGAAAAGAGGUCACCUUCCAGCAGUGAAAUGAACAAACAGAAAAUGAGAAGUACAGGCCGGUGGUUUGUCUUUAUCCACCCCCACAGUUGUGGUCAGCCCCAGAGAAUUUGAUGUUCUUCCCCGGAAUUGGUUCACUGGACAUUUCCAUAUGAGUGGCCUCCGUCGCUAACCUCCCUGCCCUCUGAGGAGCCGUCUUCCUGAAUUGCAUUCUCUACUGGACUCCGGCCUGCUUGGAGAGGUGGCAGCAGGCACCUGGACUUCAGAAAUUGUUUCCUGUGAAUUCUGUGACUCCUAAUAGGCCAGUUUGUGAUAAGCUUACUCUAUGAGUCUUCAUUUUUCUAAAAUAAAGUGAACGUAUUUUUAUAUUCUCUGUAUAUCUA